AUGGAUGGGAUGGACUUCCUGGCCGGAAUGGGCAUGAACGAGGAUGAUCUUAUGACGAUGGUGUUUGAAAAGAAUGUCGCUGAGCUGAGAGAAGACACAUUUGAUGGUUCUGAGGAGGAAAGAAAAAUCUUUGAGGAGAUUUUCGGCUGCGGACAGAACACUUCUCAACCAGGCAUAGGCAAAACAUCUAUACCGCCAUCCGGCUCUGCCUCCAGCGGCAAGAUGGGCUACUGCCGCAUAGUGGAGUCCUUCACUCACGGCAACCUAUCGAGCUAUCAUGUCUUCGAUCACAGUGCUAGUCAACAGAUGCAGAACGCAAUGCCUUGCACAGAUCAUCAUGACAUGCCUUCUGAGCUCGUGGUACAGUCGACGCCACCUUCCGUUGAUCGGGUGUACACUCGCAGGGCGGUGACUCACAAUCACAGCAGCCACAGAGCAGAACUUUCCAGUGUCCUGGAUUUGGAGAGGGUUGACAUCACCAGCGUGAUCGCGCGGCGGCCUGGCGGCUGUGGCUUUGGAAUGCUCUGGAACCAUCUCCGGCUGCACGCGCAUCUUCUGAUGAUGGACGCCGGGUGGAAGAUCGAGGGCAAGGAGAGGGGGAACAAGAGCAAGAUCGAGGGCGAUAAGGAAAGGGGGAACAAGAUUAAGAUCGACCUCAUGUACGAGUCGCCCGACAAGCUCAUGCGCCUGGCUUCUCUUGCUAGGGCUUGGAAGUGCUUUGGUGAGUGGCUGCUGGUCCGCUCGUCCAUAGUUGAUGGAGAUGACUGUGGAAAGGAAUGGUCCAACAUGCACGACUUUCUGUGUGAUUUGAAGGACACGCUGCUGUGCUUGGAACACGAGGCCCGGCGCCCCGAGCAAUCCCUGUCUUUCAUGCACCAGUGGCGGCUGCUCGAUCCUUUCAUGGCGGUGGUUUGCAUCGAGAAGAAGGUCGCAGCGCUGCGGAAUGGAGUGCCAUUGAAGGCUGUGAACAGCACAGUCUACGGCCCUCAGUCAUAG